AGCAAUUGUCAUUGUUAUAGUUAGUAAAAGUGUCAUGGAUUAAUAAUUUUUUUUAUUUCUGGAAUUCCUGUGAAACAUGGCCCGCAAGAGAAGCAAAACUCGCACGAACCGAGAGAAAGGCAGCUAUAUAAGCUUGAAAAAGUCAAAAUCCGAUCAUGGCAGAAAAUCCAGGUCGAAAUUGGGUAAGAAAAGGGCCAAAUCGGACGCCUCGGUACGUUCCUCCAUAAUAUGGUCCUUAGCCAAAAGGGGGAAAAACAAGAAAAAGAAUGAGAGCGAAACGACCACCGUUAGCCAAACCAGCGAGAUGACGACCCAAUCGGAAUUAUCUGUGCAACCAUCCAUGAAACGUAAUUACCAUUUAACAAGUGAAUUUUGUCCGAAAACAUCGGCGGAUUGCCUUCAACCCGUGGCACCCGUACUAUCUAAAGAGGAAAUAAUUUACAUCCUCGUAGGAUUCAAACUAACUGUCUUACUAAUCACGAUGCUCGGAGGGGCCAUUUUAGCUAUCAUGAUCAAUGCUACCAUAAUGGUGGGGCACCGUAGUAGGAGCAUAAGAAUGGCGAUCCCCGAAGAGGAUGUCGUUUAUCCCGGAGAACGAAUGGCUAAAAGUCCGAUAAAAUAUUCCUUGAUAGUCAACUUGCACAAGUUCCAAUAUCGAAACCCGAAAAACUACGAAAUUAUAAACAGGCACGCCUGCAUAAACGACCAUCAAAAGGAUAGGAAAAGUAUUAUGCGAGAAACGGUAGUCACAUCGAAGUGCAAAUUCUCCACUUUUUACGUAAACCAGUAUUUCCAUUACUCCCACGAGGACAAAACGUUUUCUAAACCGAAGGAAAUUGAUAAUCCGGAUGAAAGAAUGUGCUUGGAAGUGGAGCCGGCCGAAUUACAGCCUUCAGAGCUAAGUGUGUACUUGGACGACUGCUCUAAAGGAAAAAAAGAACAAAUCUGGACAGUUUUCCCUAAAUGGCACAUUUAUAAUGAAUAUUAUAAUGUUUGCAUGACCGUUAGGGAAAACUAUUGUAUAGGAGAAGUGAUUGCAAGGCCCUGCACCAAUCAAUCUCGAUUUAGUUGGAGUUUGGUGGACGCUCCAAAGAAACCAUCAGUAAUAUGGACAAGAGAAUAAAUACCCUUUUUUUUUAUCUUUUA